AAUUCUGUUGUCUGUCUAUUGAUAGUCUUCGAAAGUUUAGAGAAGUUAGUCAAGCUAUUAAGAUGGUAAUUCAUUUCAUGAUAAUGCUUUUCUCUGUUAAACCCAUUCGAAAUGAAUCAAUUUUUUUCAAAGUUUAACUAAUCUGCUGCUUUUAAUUGCAGCAAUUUUUAUCAAAAUGAGUGUCUUUCACGAUUUUCAAAAAGCCUGGGCGCAGCGAUUCCCAGGGUGUGAAUUACCUCAAGCAUGGGAAGAAGAUGUUCGUGCUAAUUUAGCUAAACAUCGACAGAAAGUUAUCGAUUUAAAUCAAGAAUUAGAAAAAGAACAAUUUUAUGUGGAAUAUUUAGAGCAUUUACUUGCUGCGGUGGAACGCGUUAAGCAAAAUCCAAAAUUUUCCAAUGUGGAAUAUGAUAACGUAGCUGUUAUUGAAGAGAGUGAAAGUGAGUCUAAAUAUGACGAUAAAAAUGUGCCAAAAACGAGCAGCAACGAAGAAAUUCGUUUCAAAGAUUCAGAUAUUAGUAAGCUAGAUUCCGAAAGUGAUACCAAUGAUCAAAACAGUUAUAUCACUGUCAUAUCUGUCGGCGGAUCAAAUCAAGCUGAUGACGGUACUUUGCUGUCUCAAAAGUCUAAUGAUAGUCAAUCUAGUAAUUCUCUUGAUAGAAAAGGUGUAGCUAAUGAAGAAGUUGAUGUAGAGAUAAUUAACAAUUCUCAAAAAAAGAAACCGCCUGCUCCUCCUAAGAAACCUAGGAAAUCAAUACCUGUUCAGGCUGUUCCGCCUGUUAUUAAAGCUGAUGUAAUUGAGUCUACUAAUGAAAAACCAAUUAUUGAAAAAUGCACAGAUGCUGAUAAUAAUGAUUUGCUAGUGAAUAGUUCAUUGAUCAAAGACCCAGAUAAUGUAAUAAUCAAUAACUCAUCCUUAACUAAUACAUCCUCUUCUACAGCUUCUGAGUAUAGAGAUGCCUUGAAUACUAUCGAAUCCUUUGAGAAUGACAAGUUGGAAGAUAUGAAUUAUAGCGAUGAGAAUAUUUAUGACACAGUAGCUCCUGAUGAAGACGAUUCUUCUAGUUCGCAUUCAGCUAAAAAUUGUGCUAAUAAGGAAGAUUGUGAAGGAGAUUAUGUUAUGUUUAAUGAAUCAUUUGAUGCUUAUUCAGAAUGUCCUCCACCUGUAUCAUCACGUUCAAGGAUAGCGGAAUGUCUUUUUACACAGAAAAGUGUGGAAGAGGAAAGUCCAGAGUUCGCCACUUAUAUGAAUAUUGAUUAUUUUCUCCAAAAUCAAAAAGCCACUAAAAAUAGACUAGUUCAAGCCGACUCAGUAGGUGGAGAUUCUGACGAAGAACACUUUUUACCUUGUGGCUGUUCCAGUGAUCAAGAACAAGAACCUGAUCGCAUUGCAGAUUAUUCUGAGAAAAAAGUUAGUUGCACAUCUGCUCCUACAGAUGACGUUUUUGACAUGGAUUCUGGUGUGUAUAGCAGCUCUGUUGAAUCAACAUCUUUCUUAGGAGGACCUUCUACUCCACCAUCUACAAAAAAAGCUGAAACGAAAAAGGAACUAAGUAAAAGUGAAUCAGAAAGAGUUGCUAUGUAUAAAUGCAUAUUAGGAAGCAUAGUUGAAAGUGAAACUGUCUAUCUAGAAUGCCUUAAUAUGCUGCUUCAGUAUAUGAAGGCUCUAAAAUCAACAAUUGGCACAUCACAACCUCUAUUAUCAUUAGAAGAUUAUAAUAUUAUUUUUUACCGCAUACCAGAACUCCAUAGUCUCCAUAUUACUUUUCUAAAGAGUCUUAAGAAGCAAAUAGAUGGUUGGAAUGGUACUCAAACUAUAGGAGAAGAUUUUAAAAUUUUGGCUAGUAAAUUAGGUGUUUAUGGCUCUUUCUUACAAAAUUAUUCUAAAGCUAUUGAGACUGUUAGGAAAUGCAGUGAAGAAAAUGCAAAAUUUUCUGAAAUCACUAAGUCAAUCAAAUUAAAGGCUUUGCCAGGACAAGCUACAACUUUAGAAGAUUUGCUUCAUAAACCGGUUGCUAGAGUGCAAAAAAAUGCUUUAGUCUUGCAUGAUUUACUUCGUUACACUCCAGAUAAUUCUCCUGAUUACAAGACUCUUAAAACAGCUUUAAAAAUGACACAAUGUUUUCUGAAUGAUAUUAAUGUUUCUGCUACUGAAAGCAUGUUCCCAGUAACUGAUAGAGCUCAAAGGCAUCUAGUUAAGAAUUCUUUUAUUGUGGAGUUGUCUGAAGGCCAUCGAAAGCUGAGGCACUUAUUUUUAUUUAGUGAUGUAAUUGUUUGUGCCAGAUACAAACCUUCCACUAGACAAAAAUUUACUUUUGAAGUCAAAUGGUUUAUUCCUUUAUCUGAAGCUACACUUUUAGAUUCAACAAGUGAAAAUGAAUUGGUGAAAGAAAACUCGCCUUAUGACAUUUUAUCUUUGAAAUCCAGAGCUAGCAAUGUUCGAGAUCAAAUUUUAAAAGAAGAAAGAGGAAAAGAUAGGAGAGCUGUUGGAAGAAAUGUGGAUAAACAUAAAAAGAAAUUAGCAGAAUUGGAAGCUCAGCUGGUUCUUGCUUCUCCAAAUCUGCUCUUUCGAGUUGGUCAGAAAUUAGGCAAAAGUUAUACAUUCUUUCUUUCAUCAGAAUUUGAACGAGCUCAGUGGCAAGAAGCUAUCAGCAUUCUUCAGUCUUCCGCUUCUAUUACUGCAUCUCCUAUUAAUUUGUACGAGUUACAAGCUUGGGUCACAUCAUGUCGUAAGCAUCUUGGCACCAAUCUGGGAUCAUUUCUUCUAAGAUCAGGAAAAGAUGAGGAUCUCCUUGUUGGAGAUUUGCAUAUAGUAGUUCUUAGUUUGCAUGGACUGUCCAGACCUUCAGAUGUGUAUCUUUGUUUUGAAGUCGAUUCUUAUGGUCACUUUUUUAAUAAAGCUAAAACGAAGACGUGUUUCAAUACAAUGGAACCUGCAUUUAAUCAAGAUUUUAUAAUUGAUUUGGAAGGUUCUCAAACCUUGAGAAUUCUAUGCUACGAAAACACCGCAGAAGGGCCAAUACUCAGAGGGAAAGGAGCUUUAGAGCUCAGUCAAGCCUGGUUAACAGACAAAAUACAGGAGAAGUCAGUCAGUUUGCAAGAACUUAUGUUGACUGUUGGUUUGAAAUAUGAGCCACCAGAACUUUCAUUAAGAAGAAUUCCAUCUUCAAAGUCAGGUGGAGUGUUUGGUGUGAAAAUUCAACAAGUCUGCAAGAAAGAAAAAUCUACUGUGCCAUUUAUUAUCCUCAGUUGUAUUCGAGAAGUUGAAAAACGUGGCAUACACGAGAUAGGAAUAUAUAGAGUUUCAGGUUCAGCAUCAGAUGUACAAAGAUUAAAGAAAAGCUUUGAAACAAAUGUCUAUGAAGCUGAGCAACUUUUGAAAGAAGUUGACAUACAUUCUGUAACUGGAAUGUUUAAAAUGUACUUGAGGGAAUUACCUGAAGCUCUUUUCACAGAUUCUCUUUAUCAAAAGUUUUUCCGCGCAUUCAGUAUGAGUAAUCAAGAGGAAAAAAGUAAACUGCUAUUACUAUUAUUUCAAGAGUUACCUGAAAUAAAUAGAGGAAUUAUUACUUAUUUACUGGACCAUCUUGUAAGAAUUCAUCAAAGUGAAGUUACCAAUAAGAUGUCUCUGCAUAACUUGGCAACUGUAUUUGGACCUACUUUAUUAAGGCCCGGCAGUCGUUCUUCAAGUUCAUCUCCCUCUGAUCUUCUAACUGCUGGAACUGUAGAUGUUAUGGCCCAAGCUGGCAUCUUUUACUUCUUCCUUAAAAGGCAUGCUGCUGGUUUGCCUCUUAAACCUGAUUCACCUGAAUCAAAGUAAUUUGCAACACGAGACAAUUUCUUAGUGGAAACAAAAUGGUGCUUGAACUUUUACUUUGUUUAGAAACUAUUUGUUUUCUCAUUAAUAUUUUUUUACAAUUAAUUGUGUGCAUCAUUAGGCAGAUACUAAGUCAAAUGAACAAUGAAUGCAUGUUGGUUUAUCACAUACUUUAUUGGAUCCAAUAAAUUUUAGGAAAUGUUUUAAUACUUUAAGCAGGACUUUUCUACUUUCUUUUAGAAAACAAAAUCCUCCUCAAGGAUCCAAUAGGACUAAUUUUAAGGAUUUUUCUAUAUAAAAAAAAAAGUUUCGUUUUUAUAAGUGUGCCUUUUACAAAAAAUUAUACUUUUCAGAAGCUUCCCAAAAUCAUUUGUAGGUGCAUAUUUAGAAAGAACUCUAGUCUUUUUACUGACACUUAAUAAUUGAAGAAUGUUUAAAAGGCACCUCACACAAAAUUUGAUUGUAACUCUAAAUUUUAUCCUUAUAAACUUAAUGGAAAAACAUAAAAUUCCUAUUGGUAGAAAAAUUAAAAUGGUAUGAUCCCAAACUAAUUGCAAAUACCUACUGAAGCACACAGUGUUUGUGUAUGUAUAAUAAAAAAUAUAUAUUUAUAUAUAUACACAUACUUUUAUUCUAUUUAUUCAUUUUCUUGCCUGUUAACAAGAAGUGCCCUUCUUGUCUUUGUAGUCUAAAAAAAAUUGGAAAUCAAUUUAUUCUAAAGCAAAUUUUUUAUGAAACUGAGGUACUCAGUGAUUCUAAAAAUUUCUUAUAAAAUUAUUUUUUACUGUGAUAAGAAAAGAAAAUAUUUCAUAGAUCUAAAACUAUAUAACCUUGCAUUUAGCAGACUUCAGGAACUGUGCCUCUAGAGACUUUAAUAAUAAAGGAAGCCUUGAAUUAUCAGGGGAUUUAAAGUAGAAACAGGGAAAAUCACAAGGGCAACUUCAUUUGCAUUUUAAUUUUCUUUUGCAUUUAAAAUAUUUUUAUUUUGUAGUCACCCUUAGGAUUUGAGAAAUCGUUAAACAUAGUGUUAUAAAAAACACAACAAAAGUAAUCAUAUUUCACCAUAUUAGUUAAACAAGUAGAUUUUUUUUAAAUAAAUUUUUUUCAUUUAACUUAUUUGAUGUAUUUUUUAUAGGAAUAGUAAACUAUUAUUAUUUUAUACUUUAAAAACAAUGAAUAUUUAAAAGCAAUCACAAAGAGUUUGUAUUUUGUACUUAUUUUAAGAUUUUGAUCAAAACAUACACAUUUAAUGACAACAAAAAAUGCUUCAUUUCCCAAAGCUAUUUAUUUAAAGUGCUAAUAUAUUUAAAUAUGUUGAUAUAUUUAAAAGCUUUUAAUUCUGUUUGAAAAUGUAUUUUAAUUUUAUUUUUUAAUGACAAGAUAAAAGUAGUUUUUAAUAAAAAUCAUUCGGUGUUUAUAAUUUCUUUAAAAUAAAUUACUUUUCAACUAAUUAUUAGGCAAAAUAAUUAAAAUCGGUUAAAGAUAAAAAUGCAACUGUUACAACUAGUGGUAUUAAUGCUGAGAUGAACUAAGUUCAAAAAUUAUAUAUUUAGUUAAACAAAAUUUAUGUUUCUUUUGUAGUGUUCAUUUUCAUGAAUUUAUAUCUAAGCUAUUCAUUUGUUACAUCACAAUAUAAAGGAAAAAAAAAUAAGGGGAACUUUAAAUUAUCAAAAAUAUUAUGUUUAAUGCGAGGCUUCCUUGAUAGAGCUGACUCAAUUAUAAAAAACCAAUUCAAAGUAAGCAUUAUUCACAAUCUUUUAAAGUAUUCAUAGUGUUAAAUAUAUUUAUAUAAUAUUUUUUAUUUUUAAAUUUUUUUUCCUGAUAAAAGCAAUGGUAUAUAUUUUCUAUAUUACUCUGAAAUUAAUUCUGGCUAACACUCUUAUGCAGCUGUAACAUGAUUCUUUAAUUCAAACCUCUUGUAUUCUUUCGAUUGCUAUUUAAUCAUGACUGGUGUUAGUAACUCAACUUUAAAUUUAGGUCACAAUCCAACUUAAAUGGUUAAAUAACUUUUUUGGCUGGCCACAUGCUAUAUUUUUUCUCCGCCAGUUAAACGAUUCAUAGACAUUUUGUUAGAGGAGAAUUUUCACCUGGGACUUUUUAAUUAGAGCUUGUUUGUAAAGUAGAGUUUUGGUCUUAUUAUAGAUAUUCGUGUCUGCAAUCAUCAAAAAUAUUACUUAAACUAUUUAUAUAUUUUAUAGCAUUAAUUACAUAACUUUAAAAUAGAGGUGAGUAAUUAUUUUAAAUAUUUUUGAUUACAGUGAUAAGGAGUUUACAUUUUUAAUAUUUCUGCUAUUAAAAGUUUAAGCUCUCAUAAUAAUAAACUAUAAAAUUUUGCGUGAUAAAAUUAUUUUUAACAUUCAUCUUAUUUGAUAAUAACAUGUAAUCCCCAAUCUUUUGAAAAUUUCAAAAUAUUAUUCAUACAUCAAAGCACAUAUAUAUCUAAACUGAUCGGAAAAUGUAACUCUGAAUCAAGAGCUUUUGUUCAAGAAAUGAGAUAGUAUAAUUGCUAUUACCUUGUACAAAAUUAUAACUCAUAAAAAUAAUGAAUGUCAAUUUACUUUUAGAAGUAAUAAUUGGCCAAUAUGGAUUAAAAGUGACUUCUAUUUAAGGGCAAAUUAUAAUUUUGGAUAUCAAUCCAAAAAUUAAUAAACUUUAAAAAGUAAUUCAUAACAUAUAUGCCUCUUAAUUAGAAACUAGUAUUAAAUUGUUCAAUUAAUUAGUGUAUAAUUUAAUUAAAAUUGUCGCAUUUUAUUUUCCAACCCCCUAAUUUCUCUUCUUCAGAAUGUCUGCCAUCGAAGUGAAACAGUUGUUGUAUUUGUCAAUCAGCAGAAUCGGAAAACGGCCAUUUUUUGUAAACAUUGUUACAGAAACCAGUAGUUCAAUUGAAUUUUGUUGCAUAAGGGCAUAAAAGAAUUCAGGAAUAUUAAUUAUUAUUUUAACUUGAAACAAAUUCCUUUUUAGAAUUCACGCUAUAACAGUAAUAAGUAUUUGAUGUUAAAUUUACACUGUUGAAUAUAUAUAUUUUUUUGAAAAUAUUUUUAAAAAAUUUUGAAAUGCAGUAGUUUUUUUGGGAUUACUCCCAACUUAAAUUACUAAGAACUCAGAUAUUUCGAACAUAUGAAAACAUGUUCAAACAAGUACAUUAGGCCCUCAUUCUAUUAUGUCUGUUUAGAGAAAUAAAGGAAAAUCAUAAUAUAUUUAGAAGAUUGAUAUAAGUAAUGAAACUAGAUUUGAGAUUUUUGCUAUCUUUGCACUGUAUUGUAAUAUCUUAAGUGGCAUAAGUUUUUUUUAUUUUAUUGUAAUGCCUUAGGUAACAUAUUCAUUUGUGGUUUAUAAAUCUAUAUUCAUUGGAGUUGGUAAUUAAUAAUAUCAUAAUUAGCUUUCAUUGUUAUUUGUAUAUUGAAUAUGAAUAUUUAAAAAAAUAAACAGCAUUUUGUGUAAAUUAGAUUUCUGUUGUACCUAAAAUGCCCAUUCAGUUGUUCUCCCCUUAAAAUAUCAUUCUAAAUAUUAUGAAUUGAACUAAUUAAUAAUUUAAUGCUGCUUAUCUUUAAUGUUUUCUUUUAAAUUAUGUUUUGGGUUAAAUAACUAAUUUAUUACUUUAACACUGGCGAAUGUUGGCAUAUUAUACUAGUCCUUAUAGUGUUUUAAGGGGGGAAAACAAAUAUGCUAAUUUUAGUAACGCUAUACUUGUUUGAAUUAACUUUAUUUUUGUUAAUCUCUGUAAAUAUAUCAAUUUUUAUCUUAUUUUACAAAUGGUAUUUAGUGUUAAAACAAAUUAUUUUUAUUUAUCUAAUAUAAAAUGAAUAAAAAAACAGCAUUCUUUUUUGUUGUUGAAAAUAGAAAACUUAGACCAACUCAUUUGCUCACAAUGUUGCAUUUAUACCACAGUGCCAUUAAACGUGUGCUAUGGUUGUUUGUAUUUAUACUUUAUAUGGAAAUAUAUUUUAAAUAUAUUGCCAAUUAUUUUGUACAAUUAUACAAAUAUAUUUAUAAAAGAUUUAGAGUGUUAGUAGUUUUUGUGUAGUCUAAAAUAUAUAUUUAGACCAUGUUUAUUGUUCCCUGGAACUUAGAAAGUAUUUCAUGUAAGUGUAGAGAAUUUAAAACUAUUGAGCUUAGAAUAAAAGUUUUAAAAAAAAGAAGCAUUAAUAAGAUAUGCAAGUAUUUAUCUGACUAGCAUUGGUAUAAAUAUUGUGUAGCUGAUUAAACAGAUAUUUGCCUAUGCUGAUAAUUAUAACCCUAAUUUCAAUAGUUCAUUCCUCUUUUACUUGAGCAGUUUUAUGGAAUACAUUUAGGUUGAUAUGUUUAUUUCAUGUGAUGAUGAUAGUGUUGUGCAAUGUUUUUUUAUUUUAUUUUUAAUAGUGUUACAUUUUAAAAUUUACUGAGCAUUUAAAAGCAUCAAAGUUUUAUAUUACUUCAUAAUUUCAUUCAGAUUUGUAUAUAUUUUACUUUAUAUGGUUGUUAAAAUGUUUUAUUUUUUUAAAUUUCUCAACUACUUAAUACUAAGGUAGUGUAAAAAUUUAUGUAUAGCUCUCAUUCUUUUCCCUUCACAUUUCACUUUAUCAUAAAUUAAUUCUUCUUCUCAUUUAACUCUUUUUCUUUAUCAUUUUUAAAAAAAUAUUAACUUUUGUGAAAACUUUUUUUAUUUAGUUUCAUUAUCAUUUAUACUUUUUUUUAAAAUUUAUUUUUUAUCAAAUACUAUAACACUGUAUAUUUUGAAUAUAUUAAUUUAUGGUGUAAAAAUUACAUUUGUAACAAAGAAUAAAUGUAUAUACCUAACUUUCAAAAUUAAAUUGUGAAGGAUGAAGAUCUUUUGCUAAUAAAAGCUUAUGCAAAAA